AUGUCCGAGUAUAAAAUUAAAAGCUCAUAUUUUUCAACAAAAAAUAAAGUCAUAUUGUUAAUAUGUGUAUUUUUUUUUUCAUGCUCAACACAUAUAUUUAAAAAUGUAUUUCCCUUUUUGUUUAUGCUUACAAAUUCAUAUGGAAAAGAUAGUAAUGAUCAUAAUGUAAAAAUCGAUAUAAAUAACAAUAAAACUAAUAAAUUUUACAAACAGAAAAAUAAUAACAAUGUUACAAGAUACCCAAAUAAAAAUUACAAUUAUUCUGAUAAAUAUUUGAACAUAUUAGAAGAUAAGUUCGAUAUGGAUAGUGGUGAUAUGGUUAGACAGAAUUAUAAAGAUGGAAAUGGUGGAAAUGGCGAAAAUGAUGAAAAUGGCGAAAAUGGCGAAAAUGAUGAAAAUGGCGAAAAUGAUGAAAAUGGUCAAAAUGGCGAAAAUGGUCAAAAUGGCGAAAAUGAUGAAAAUGGUCAAAAUGGUCAAAAUGGUCAAAAUAACAAAAUUAGCAACCAUUCAAUAUACUUAUAUAGUAAUGUGUUGACAUUAAUAUAUAUUAGCUCUUUAGUGACAUAUGUAUUUAUUUUAUUCUUUGAUUUAAAUAAAAAAAAAUAUAUAUUAAGUAGCUUGUAUAUUAUUAAUUUGAUAUCACAUUGUAUAAUUUUUUUAAUCUUAAACCGUAUACAAAUUAGCAACAAAAAUGUAAUAAAUAAGAAUGGUCACAAUUACAAACAUAUGAACAUAAUAAAUAGUGAACAUGUUUUACAAAAAAAGAAUUAUUAUGAAUUUAAGAGAAAAGAAAUAAAUUUAUUUUUCCAUGUUAAUUUAAAGAAUAAUUUUACACCCAACUUUAUUGAAGAUUAUGCUAAUCUACCAUAUUAUAAUAACAAAAUGAAUAAGACUUGUUUUUAUAACAAUAUGGAUGAAAAACAAAUAAAUGAUGAUAUAUAUAAUACAAAAUAUUUUUAUUUAUUUUAUUUAUUUAUUAUAAUUAGUUCUGUGUGUAGUGCAUAUAUCAAAAUAUAUCAAAAAAAUAUAUUAUAUUGUAUAUUUUAUUUAAACAUUGGUAUUAUAACAUCAUUAUUAAUAUUAAUGAAUAGUAUAUUUAAAAUAAUGGCUCACUCAUUGAAUUAUAUUAUGUCAAAUAAUAAUAUGAAUAUAAAUAUUAGUGAUUAUAUUCUUAUGUUUUCAUUUAUUGAUAUGUUUGGGUUAUUUAUUAUUUUUGUAUUUUCUUAUAAAUGGUCAAGUCAAAAAAAAUUAUGGGUUAAUUUGAGUACUAUUUUUUAUAAUUAUAAAUAUAUAUGUUUUUAUAUUAAUAAAACAUAUUAUUUAUAUUCAACAGAUAAAAAUAUAGAUAAUAUAAUUGCACAAAUAGAUAUGUGUAAAGAUCCAAAUGUUGAUAUUACAUUUUCGGCAUAUAUCAAUAUAGAAAAAUCUAUAUUUUAUGAUUUUUUCCUUAAAAAUAAAAAUAAAGAAAAUAAGUUAAAUAUUAUAGAAAUUAAAGAUAAAAAUUUUAAAAUAACAACAACUUAUAAUACAAAAAAUGCUCAAUAUAAUGAAAAUGACAAAUCUAUAUUUAAAGAUGUUGAAAACCCUAAUAUUACCCCAAGUUAUAAUAGAAAAAAAAAACACAGCCAUACUAUUAAGCCUUAUAAAAUUCAUAUAGAAACUAUUAAUAAAGAUUUGUUUGAGGAGAUGGAAAAUUUAACAAACAUAGAAAAAGAAGAGACUGACAAAAUAGUAAUAAACAAAUCUAACAGCAGUAAUAAUGUUAUUCCAGACAUCGAGGAUAAUAAAAUUCCAAUUUCUUCGAUAAAUAAUUCUAUUAAUAAAGGUAAUGGUUAUUCAAAUUGUGAAAACUUAAAUGAUAUUCACUUAUUUAAUGACAGUAGUAUAAAAGAUAAAAUUGAGGAUGUUGAAAAUAAAAAUAGUUUGAAUAAAAAUAGUUUGAAUAAAAAUAGUUUGAAUGUAAACGUCGAAACAAAUUUAAACACUAAUGAUAAUUCAAAUAAAAGUUCCAAUGACUUUAUUACGAAUAUAAAAUCUAAACAGCCAAUUAUAGAAGAUGAAUUUGAAAAAACAAUAAAUAUAACAGAAGGAGAAAUAGAAGAAAAAAAAAAUAAAUUUUUAGUUCCUAAUCAUAAUGAAGAUGAUAAAUAUAUAGAUUAUGACAACUAUGAUUUAUCUUAUAAAAAUUAUAAUUCUCCAUUAUUUAUAAAAAGAGAUAAAGAAAUAAAAAAUAUUCAAAAUAAUUUUAUAAUUUUUCAAAAUAUUAAAACAAUUUUUUCAUCAUUUACUUUUUAUUUCUUUUUCUUUAUAUUUAUAUAUGCAUUCUUGUUAUCAAUUAUGCAUAUAUUUGUUAAUUACUUUUUUUACAUAUAUUUAUUUGUGUUUAAUAUUAAUAUAUAUAUAUCAAAUAUAUAUACAAUAAUUAUGACAUUUGUAUCACUAAUAGCUAUACCAUUUUCUGGAUAUAUAAUUGACAACAUCGGAUCAUUUUUAUUUCUUCUCCUAUGUUCUUCUUUUUUCAUUUUAAUUGCAAUAUCUGGGACUAUAUAUUGUUGUAUCUUUAAUUUACGUUCGGAAGUGAUAGCAUUUAUCUCCUUUAACCUAAUAGGUAUAAGUGAGUCUAUCAUUCCUACUGUUAUUAUUUCACAAAUACCAACCCAUUUAUGCGUAAAAAAAAAUGAGGAUAUCACCGCAGCUUUUGCAAUAUUUGAAUUAGUUUCAAUGCUUAUUGUUAGUGUAAAUAAUUAUAUUUUUGGCUAUUUCUUGAUUAAUAAAGAAUAUUUGAACGGAUUAUACAUAUUAUUUGUUUUUGUCAUAUUAGUGAUUUCCCUUAUUUUUCUACUAAUAUUUACCAUAUAUUGGAAGACAAAACCAAAUUCCAAAUACGUAAAUACGAAUAAUACCGACAUAACACAGCCGCUUCUUUAA